GUAUGAUAUCGAGUCGGGCGUGAACUUUGUCAGUGUUUUGUGCUAAAAUCUGGUCAAAUUUAGUCCCUAUAGACUCUAAAAUAAGUAGAGCAAAUCCCAUCUAAAAAAUGAUAACCGACUACGAAGAAGACGCUCACUUCUGCAUAAAAUGUCAUGUCACCAUCAUAGGUCUCGAUAACUACAUCAACCACAGAAAAGCAGGAUGUUCCAAAAAUAUCACAGAACCACCGAAGUCACCACUUCCAAGUCAGCUUCUACCUCCAGAUGAGUCUUUUAAUCUGAAGGCGGAUGAUUUUUUCUCUUCCUUGGAGUUAAGAAGCAGCUCCAAGAAAGCGGAAGUUCAGUCCACCUCUGGGAAAAAUUUCAGUGGGAUAUUGACCAGAAGUAAAACAACUGCGGUCAUUCAAGCAAGUUCUUCUACAGUCAAAGAACCAGUUGAACCACAGCAAUCCAAAUCCGGAAAAAACGUUUGGAUUGGAGGAGACCAACUCAAAGAGCUUGGCCAUGGAGAUAACCAGUCUAAACUUAUUAAAGCUGUUGAUAAUUUAGAAAGAAGAAAGGAAGAACCUCCUGCGAUAGAUGUUUAUGAGGAAAGCGAAGAAGAUUCUGAAGAAUACGAUUACGAAGAUGACGAUUCGAGUAGUGAUGAAGACAGGCCACCAAGACAUCAUACGGGAGGUAAAUGGAAACCUUCCUCCCCAAUUCAGUGGUCCAGGAAUAGUGAUUCUAGAGACUGGAAUAUUCCUCCGCCAUCUCAUACAGGCGGUAAGUGGAAACCUAAACGACCAUCAUCACCACCGACGACUCACACUAAAGGCAAAUGGAAACCAUCUUUUACACAAAAAGAAGACUACAACAUACCACCACCAACUUUCACCGGAAGCAAAUGGGUUUCCAAAAAGGCAGAAGAUUUAGACGUACCACCACCAACGUUUACAGGGAGCAAAUGGGUGGCUUCCAAGAAACACGAUCACGAUUUGCCUCCACCUAGUCAUUCUAAAGGAAAAUGGAAACCUAGAGAGGAAGAACAAUAUGCAACUGGUGGAAAAGGCAAGUGGAAGCCUAUAGAGCCCGUUGAAGAUGAUUCUCCUCCAGCUAAUUAUACCAAAGGUAAAUGGAAGCCACGUGGUGACGCUGAGGAUGAUUAUCCACCUCCUUCUCAUACCAAAGGUAAAUGGAAACCUCGAACUGAUCUUGACGACGAUUACCCCCCUCCAUCGCAUACAAAAGGUAAAUGGAAACCAAGAAAUGAACUUGAAGACGACUAUCCUUCAACUUCUUAUACAAAAGGUAAAUGGAAGCCUAAAGAAACAGAGGAAACAGAACCUCAACAGCUAACACAAAAGUUGGCCAAAGAAAAGACAGUAUCAAAAGAUCAAGAAGGUCCAGGUGAAAAUUACACUAAAGGAAAAUGGAUACCUUCUUCUGGUGAACCUUUGAGAUUCACAAAGAAAUCCAGUGAUAAUUCACUCUUACGAAAGUCCAACGGUUCCAUUCAAUACUGGUGUAGUCCUUGCAAUAGACGGCUGGCUUCAAGAAUAGUCUACGAAAGACAUCUUAAAUCUGAACUACAUUUUAAAAGAGUCUCCAGAGAUAGAGAAUUCGAUGAUACUGAUGAACUGUCUUUGAUGAAAGAAGUAAGAAGAACGAAAUCCAAACCACCAGAAAAUAUUUUUAGUAAUCAAGAACAAAGUACCAAGAAGAGACGAAGGAAGAAACGGUUCGAGAAAUGUGAAGUUUGUCAUUCGAGAAUUCACAAACAGCUUAUAGGAAAGCAUCUUAUAUCUCAUUACCACUGCCGGAAAGGUGAUAUUAGGUCUGAUGUUGCUAAGAGGAUGGUCCUCGAAAAUAUUCAUGAUGUGAUUUUAGAAAGUCCCUUUCAGUGCGGUACCUGCAGAUUUUACUGCAACACCCAGAACGAAUUUCUACACCACUGGCUGUCACCAGAACAUAUCGCCAAAUCAACUGCCGGCUACUUUUAUUGUAUUUUGUGCAAACACCGUGCUGAAGACACCAAAACUAUGUACAAACAUCUGUUGUCAGAAGAACAUGCUGAAGUAGUGUCAGUAAUCAACCGUUCCGUACCGAUAAUAAUAAAAAAAUUUAAUCCAUCCAAAUGUCCUACUUGCCACAAGGAGUUUUUGUUAAAUAAACAACUCAUAGCACAUUGCGAAAGAUUCAAUCAUGAUGACUCAGAAGUUAAAAAGUUCAAAAAUGAGUAUAUUUGUGAUGUGUGUGGUGUAGGACUUUUGUCCAAUAUGUCUUUGCGCCACCACAAACAAAACGUACACAAGCAGAAGUACUUCAUAUGUACACCGUGCAAUAUGAAGUUCGAUAAUAUAGAUGAAGCGAAGAAUCAUAGAAAAACACAGCAGCAUAGGUACACUAGACUUUCACAACAAAGUGAUGGAACCCUCAAGAAAAAAUGUCAACAUUGUGGAGCUUUGUUUGGAAAUUUCUUUUUAUUGAAGCAACAUCUGAGCAACGAUCAUCCUGACCAAAGCAUAAGAUGUCCUCAUUGUGGAGCAAGCUUCACCAUAGCUCAAGAGCUAACCACUCACCUGCGUUUAAAACUCUGCAAGUUUGAAGAACCUCAAGAAUCAUCAGAAAACACAUUCCAAUGUGAAAAGUGCCCGUUUUCGUCCAACUCCAUAUCCGAACUCAUCUUCCACAUGGCUCUGCACCAAGAACCACUAAUGAACUACCAGGAUCCAUCCAGUUCCACCAAAGCCAAAACGCUCUUGAAGUACAAGUGUCCUGUGUGUGAAAAGUUCUUUCCAAAAGCAUCUUUACAUGGACACAUUAGACAACAUACUCAAGAGAGGCCUUUCGUCUGCCAGAUUUGCAACAAGAGUUUUGCAAGGAAGAACAAUCUUCAGUUUCACAUAAAAAAUCACCAAAACAAAAAUGAGAGAGUUAAGGUGAAGGAGGUGACAGUGGAGAAGUCGUUUCUGUGUUAUAUGUGUGGAACCAACUUUAAGAAAAAAUCCAUUCUACAACAGCAUAUGCAGAUUCACACAGGAAAGCUGUGUAAAUGUCCUCAUCCAGGCUGCAUCUUCACAGCUAGAAAAAUGAGUGAAAUCAAUGUUCACUUUAAAAUACAUUCGAACGAGAAGAAUUUUGUAUGUGACAUGUGUGAUUACAAAGGAAAAACAAAAGCUCAAUUACUCAAGCACACGUCAAUUCAUAGAGAUGUCAAGAAGUACCAAUGCAAAGAGUGUUCUUUUACUACAAGAAACUCACAACAUCUUCGAAGACAUGUUAGAGUACACACAGGGGCCAAACCUUAUAGUUGUCCACACUGUAAUUAUAAAUGUAGCAACUUGGAAAACUUAAGGAAGCACGUUCUGUUGACAAACAAGCAUGCUGGAAAAUUCAUCUACGAAUGUCGGUUUUGCACAGAAGUGUCAUCCAAACCGUUUCAAAGUAACUUUGCCAAAGAGUUUAGGGUCCAUUUGAUAACGAAACAUCAAGAAAUGUUCAACAAUAAUACGGAGGUCACGUCGUACAUUGCAGGCAUCUACGACGUACAAGAUGACAAUAUUCAAUGUUUUGUUGAAAUUACUGGUCAAAGUGUUAUUGGACAACCUCACUCCACCGACGAUAUGAAAGAACAACUGUCGAAGCUGAAUACAGACGACGAUCCUGUGGUCUGCCAAUCUGACGCUCCAUCGACGUCAAACAAAGACCAGACCAUAGAAAGACUGAUCAUUCCAAAGUACGACUCUUUUGCUGUGGACAAUCUUCAGGAUUCGUGGAGUUUGGUUGGAAGAUACGGCGUGGAGGAAACGUCAGGAACGUUGAUACCGUUCGAAAGUGAUAGUGAAAGUUUGUUCCAAGAACAUUUUUAAUAAAAGUUCUAAAGUA